UCCUUCUUUCGCGCACACGGCCUUGACUCUUGAGCACGAAGAGGCCGACGCUGUGCAUGAUCCCCGCUGCGCACCAGCAGAGAUGUGCAACUCGGAAUGUGUAGCAGUGCUGUCUGCAGACAGCAGAAUCUCAACUGCAGACAGCAGGGCCCGGUGGGUCAACGCUUCUGGAAAGCUGGAGAUCUGCAGUGAGUGUUCGUGCUCUCUCUUACGUGAUAGUGAGAGGGGUGGGCUGCGUGCGAAGAGGGGUGUUGAGGAAAUGAUGCGCCCGCAGCUCGCAAGAGCUAAGAGGAAGGCGUACCCUAGCCCAGAUGAAUUAAAAGUGCUCGUACACGCGAGGGUUUGGAGCUAAGGGUCCCUAGACACCUCACACACACCUGGCGUCUUCGGACGUGUUUGUGCUGUUUGUCAAGCCUGGCUCUUAACUCUUGACCCGCUGAAGCUACUCACGUUUCUUCAACAUGUUGAGAAACCAAUCAGGCUAUAGCCGAGGUUAUCCAUCUGCGGGCCGACACAUCGUUUCCUCAACACGGUGUCUGUUUUGAAUCACCUUGGCGACGCGUGUUGGCGGGUCUUGACUCUUCGUAAUGCUCUCGAAGCGACGCUAAGAGAGGCCGACGCGCCAGCAGCGCCCGAAACGAGCGACGCCAACUGCAACUUUCGGCAGCGCCCGAAACGAGCGACGCCAACUGCAACUUUCGGCUCUGGAGCUCCUGUUUGUGCGCGCAAUUUUGCGCGCGGGCAUCUCGCUAGUCCUUCCAAAAGCGGUGUGGCAAUGAUUUGAACAGCUUCCCGGGGACCUUGAUCGCGAGCUCAAACCGUAAAACAGAAGAAUAGACAAGAACGGCGUUCAAAACACACACGCACCUCGAAACCACGAGGAGAAGAGGAAAAGAGAGCAGGAAGGUGGUCCCCAAGGCCGUGAGGUAUGCAUGCGAGGAGGAAACACACCUCGAGGGGAGGAAAGGCAGGGCCCUCCGCUAUAUCACGCAUUCACGAAUGCACUGGCAGCGAGGGCACCACUGCUCUCGCCAGCAUGGCUAUGAUCACGUUGCCAUGUCUGUUGUCCUGUCUGUCUGUCCUCUGCAGGCCAUUUGAUAAGUUUCUGCGGGCCAUGGAGGCCCUGAGGUGAGGAUACUGACAAUGGGAUGUCCACAUGCAUACAGGGAAUGCCGCCUGUGUUGUACGUACGCUGUCAGGCGCAUGUGGACUUGGCUGUCAGGGGAGCGGUACGGCACGGUAUGACAACGCACCACCACAAGCCAGCUAUCUGUCCACGCAUGCCAUCCAUCGCAAGUUGUGUGUAUGGUCGUGCUGCGGGCUGUGUGUGUGUGUGCAGGGCGUCUCCAUAAUGGACGAGAUCGUCUGGGCGCUGGUGCCGCCCCAGCCACCCGCGGCGUCCGUGGAAGCCGCCCUGGUGCUGCCGGACGGCAACGUCGUACCGCAUCGCAGCCGCGCCACACUCAAGGAGGAGGGUGCCAAGCACCUCAGCCAGAGCAUCAGCAAGGUGAGCGGCGGAAUGAACGAUACGACUGACACGUCCAUGUACGUGUUCGUGCAUGUGUGUGUGGUCACUCAGUUGCAUGAUAAGUUAUUGAGGGAUGGGAUGACGGAUCUCGCCAAGUACGCCAAGUUUCACACCAAAGUGGUCAGCUGGCCCCCUCCUCCCAGACACACACACACACACGUCUGCACCGACACACACAUAGCAUACACAUCCAUCUCUCUCUGUGUGUUCCUGGCGUGGCACGUGGGUAUGUGCAGAUCCAGCGUGCGAGGGAGGAGGAGGCCAUGGCGCAGCGCAUUCGCAACAUGGAAGCGGCCAAGCGGUACACAUUCACAGCCCAAAUGAGCCUUCCACUUUAGCCACCUGACUGACCUGCACAAACGGAUCCGUGUGAAUGUGUGUUGAUGUAUGCAGUGAGUUGAAGGAGAGUCUGACCCGGGAGGUGACGGCGCUGCAGAAGGGGCCCGAGAGGCAGGACGGCGACGGCACGGCGCUCUUUGCGAGCGGCAACCGCUACGAGGGCCAGUGGGGAGUACGGCCGCAUCAACGGGGAGGGCAAGCUGACCUACCAGAAUGGCGCCAAGUGCGAGGGCGAGUGGGUCGACGGCAAGCUGGUGGACGGCCGGGGGACCUACCGCUACGCCGAGGGUGGCGUGUACCACGGCGAGUGGCGCGACGACAAGCGCCACGGCGAGGGCGCGGUGACGCCCGUGAGCGCCAAGGACAACGUGGUGGAGUACGAGGGCGACGGGGUCAACGGCAAGAUGCACGGCAAGGGCAACGAGGUGCCCGUCACCGCCACACCGAAGGCCGAGGUGCGUACGCCACCCCCCCACUCACCCCCAACACACACACACGUCUGCACCGGCACAUCCAUGACAUUAAUCCAUCUCUCCGUGUGCCUAUCGUGGCAUGGCGUGUGGGUAUGUGCAGAGUCAGCAAGGGAGGGAGGCAGAGGCCAUGGUUACCUACAUACAGCGCAUCGAGGCGGCCAAAAGGUACGCAUUCACAAGCUACAUGAGCCUUCCACUUUAGCCACCUGACCUGCACAAACGGGUCCGUGUGAAUGUGUGUUGAUGUAUGCAGCGAGUUGGAGGAGAGCCUGGCCCGGGAGGCCAUGGUGCUGCAGCAGGAGGACCAGACGGCCGCAUCGGCCACCAACUCGACCGCCACCCAGCCCCUUCCCACGCCCAUCACCACCACAUGGCCCGACCCCGCCACGACCUCCGCCAUGUGGCUGGCCACGCGCCAGGAUCUGGAGGCCAUCGAGGCCGCCCACCGAGUGGCUGUCAAGGGCUCCGUGUUCGUCAUGGUGAAGCUGAUAGACGGGCCGGCUGGGAUGGGCAAGGACGCGAGGCAGCAGUGGCUGGCGACCAGGCCUAUCAAAUUGAAUGACGAGAUGACGUAAGCGAGCGACACGACUCACAUGGGACGGAGGGAGGGAGGGAGGGAGGGAGGGAGGCGAAGAAGAGGGUCCAUGGAAGCGCAUGUUGUGCGGUGUGUUGUUGUGUGUGUGUCAACCAGGUAUAGCGUCAGUCCAGAGGCCAUCGCCCUCCACCAGGCGGCCAGCUGCAGCCAGCUCUAUCCGAAGGGCACAGUGGUCGACAUGUUUGCUGGGGCAGGUACACAUCGCACGCACACGGACGGCACACACGUACAUCCACUGCACGUGAUUGAAUGAAUGCCCGUGUGUGGUGUAUGUGUGUGUGUGUGUGUGUGUGCGCGCAGGGGGGGAUACCAUUGCCAUGCUGCGAGAGGGCAUGAGCGUGUAUAGUAUUGAUAAGGAAGCCGAGCACGUGGAGAUCCUCGAAUACAACACACAACUAUACGGUAACAAUAUACAACGAAGGAAGAGACAGACCCCAUUCAUCCGACCACCACUCUGUCUGUCUGUGUGCGCGCAGGUGUGCAGCCCGUCAUUGCCCUGCCCGAGGACUAUGAGUCCGUAGUAGACCGGUGGGACAACUACGACUUCAAGGCCGACCUGGUCAGUCAGUCGACACACGACAUACUCACCAGCCCACCCACCUGCGCAGACGCCAACACGUCCGUCCAUCAUGCGGAUGUGUUUGUGCUGUGCAGGCCAUUAUCGACCCCCCCUGGGGCGGCCGCCAGUACCUCAAUCAGAAGACGUACGACCUCGCCCACAUGGCCGACGGCAGCCUGGUAUGCAUUGCAAUGCGUCCAUCUACUCACGAUGGACACCACACACAGAGAGAAGACACUAGGGAUGGAUGGAUGGAUGGUUUGCCCCACCUCGCCUUGCUUUGAUUCGUUUGAUCGAUGCAGUCGAUGUUUGACGUGGUGCGGGUGGCGGCCACCGUGACGACGAGCUUUGUCACCAAGAUACCGAAAAAUACGUCGAUACUGUCCUGCGUAAGCAUCCAACCACCCCACCCCACUGCAUUCACCCCAUCCACCCAUAGCUGGCUGCAUGAUCGUGUUUGUGUAUGUGUGUGUGCGUGUGUCCCCUUCCCCUCCAGGCUCAGUUGGGGCUGUGGGUCGAGCAGCUCCGCGUGCGUGCCGAGGGUUCCGACCGGCCCCCCACUUCGUUCACGCCGCCCAUCGUGGAGGUCUUCGUGACACGGGAGAAGGGGAGGGGCCGGUCGGGCAAUGAGGUGAUCACUAAGCCCAAGUACGCCGCCGUCUAUCUCGGAGACAUCGCCAGGGGGUCAGUCAGCCACUCACUCACUCACUGAUGGAAGCCACACGUGUGUCAUCCCAUCCACCAAUUAUGCGUUGAUUGCAUGUGGUCUCUUUCUGCCUGCGUGUGUGCAGCAAGUUAAAGGAGCUCAAGCGCGCCGGCCAGGGCCCCCCACCCAAGGUCGCCGUCACCACCCCAACCACACUGGAGGACCACGUCAUGGGGCCCAUGUGGCGGCAGUCCAGCCUGCUGCACCAGGUGGACGUUUCGGUUGUGCCACAUAAGAAAUGCUGGCACGGCUUGUAGCCGCGCGCCCGCCCGGCAGCACAGCAGACACGUAAGACAGAUAGAUGCCUGGUGGGGCAUGGCAGAUGGACGGGUGGUUUGGAUGGUUGCUCGCCUUGGCCGACUUGCUGGGAACGGGGAUCUCUCUCUGUCUGUCUGUCUGUCUGUCUGUCUGUCUGUCUUCUGUUUCUCUCUCCCUCUCUGCGUUGCGUGCAUCCCCUCUCGCCCUCCCGCCCUCCCUCCCUCCCCACCCACACCACCAGCCGGCAUAAGUAUUUUUGGUGCCCGCGUAAUGUGCGGCCUCCCUGGUGGUGCGGAGGAGUGGUUGGAUGAGAGGGAUUGCCGCUAUGGUCUGCUGGCUGGUCGAUGGAGUGUACAGCUGGGUCGUGUGCGUGUGUUGGUGGUGACUGACUUGCUCUCUUUUUCUGUCGCUCACGUAAGGACUAUUUGUUCCCUCACACACACUGCAAAGGCGCCUACCGCCAACAGAG